AUGGAAAAUGGGCAAAGGCAUACCCUACACAUCAACAGCAACAUCAAGAACAAUGUGGUGCAGUUUCUACUCAAGCACAGCCAGGAUGGAGUGCUUGCAAGAGGGGCUGUAAUGGAGGCAGCAGAGACUUUUAGCAUCAGUAGGAAGACUGUGUACAGACUCUGGAAGUCAGCCAAGGAGCAUAUGCAAAGGGGAGAACCUGCAAUCAUGGAAGGAAAGAUUAGAGGAUACCAACAUGUUGAUAGAUUAGACCUUGAUGAAGAAAAGGUUAGAUACUUAUCCAUUCUUGAAAGAUCUUCCCUUAGAAAAAUGGCUGUCAAGUUGAAUGUUAGCAAGAGCACAGUAGGUUCAUGGGUGAAGCAAGGUAAACUAAGGCCACAUACAAAUGCAAUUAAACCUGCCCUCACUGAUAUGAAUAAGCUAGCAAGAGUGAGAUGGAGUCUUAGUCAACUCCAGCCACGAAUAGCUGAUGGUAAAGUUCCAUAUCAAAGCAUGCAGAAUAUAGUGCACAUAGAUGAGAAGUGGUUCUAUAUGACCAAGUCAUCAGACAGAUACUACCUCUUGCCAGGUGAGGAGGAGCCAUAUAGGUCAUGCAAAUCCAAAAGAUUCAUCACCAAAGUGAUGUUUAUGUGUGCUGUCAGUAGGCCACUUUUUGGAAGUGAGGGGCAGGCCCUUUAUGAUGGUAAGGUGGGAAUAUUUCCCUUCACUGAACUUGUGCCAGCACAAAGAAAGUCAAAGAACAGGCCAAGAGGAACCAUGGAAACCAAGGCAAUCCAUUCAGUCACAAAGCCAGUUAUGAGGGACUGCCUUCUCCACAAGAUUAUACCUGCAAUUAAGGCCAAGUGGCCUGUUUGGGCAAAUAAAGAGAUUUACAUUCGGCAGCCAAUUACACAAAUUUAG